AUGCACUCAAAUAAAAACAAACCAGUAUUACCAAAAUUAAAAAUUCCAAACCAAUCGAAAUAAUUGUUAGGUUCUCCACUGAGAUCAAAAUUUAAUGAUGAAGGAAAAUUAGAAAGGAUUGUAGAGAAAAGGAAUUUUCAAAAGCAAUUAAUUGAUUUGGUUAUUCCCUUGCAUGAUGAGGCCUAGUAGAGUAUAGUCAAUUCUGACUUUUCAAGAAAUGAUCUCUUGAAACAUUAUAAGCAAUUGCCAUCUAAACCGACUUUGUUAUUUGAGAAGGCUAUGAAAGGUCUUCACCCUCUUUAGUAGAGUGAAUAUCGAAGUAAGGAGUUAAAGAAAUUGGAAAAGAAGGUUUAAGUUAUUAAUGAAAGAAAUCCUUUAUAAGAGUCUUGGAAAUCACCCUUUUUGUCAUAGCCCAGGUUAUUUAAAUCUUCAAGAAAUGAUGAUGAGACUUUGUCAUAAGAAAUGGAAUAGAAUGCUUAAAAUGCAGUGUUGCUGAAUGAAAAUUUAAAAGGGUUUGGGCCACGAUUAAGAACCUAUUUGGAUUAUGAUAAGAACACUGUUUUUGAGAGAUAAAAAGGCAAUCCAAAAUAUUUAUAUAGGGAUAGUUUGAUAAGGAUGAUAAAAAAUAAUACGACUAAAGAGUUGGAUCUGGUUAAAGAGUGGAAUUUAUUAAUAAAUUAUGACAGACUAGUGGUUUAUGCUGAUAUUCAAAGGCCUGAGUUGAGGUUAUAGUAAUUUGGUACCAUCUCAUCGAUUAGUCAUUAUCAGAGCAUCUAAGACUUUCAUAAGAAAAAAUUGCAGUAGACAAAUACUUAACCUACUCCCAGUUCUUAAAUAUCCCCUCAAUUUUUAGUUAAGAAUUCAAGAUAGAGCAAUUCAAGUGACCCAAUAGAUUUUGGUAAAUCUAAUCAGGUGUUAUUGGAUGUUUCAGAGGUGGAGAAGGUUUAGGACGAUAUUGCUAUUAGAAAAGAUACAUUUUUAACUUAUUGUCAAGUGUUUUGGGAUUUGAUAAGAAAGGAGGAUGAGAUUGUGGAAAGAGUGGUGUGGGCAUUUUGCAAAAGCGACAUGAUGACUUUCAGAUCCUUUAAACAUUUUUAUAAAUUGAUUGUAUUUUAGGAAGGGACAUUUGAAGAGUAUAUAAAGUUCACAUUUGAUUUCUUCAUGGGAUCAGAAAGAAGUGAAAUUCCAUUUACAGAGAUCCAAGGGUUGUUAAGACUGUUGGCAUAGAGGAUGGAUGGAAAGGACCAUGUCUUGAGUGACUAAAUCUUAAUGGAUAUUGUAAAUCAAAUUCAUAGGCCAUAAGUAAUCUCUAGGGACACUUUACAAUAAUUAAUCUCUGAAGAUAAGAUCCCUCCAACUGUCAUAGUUAAAAUGGUGUAUGAGUAAGCAUGA